AUGACGCUGGCACUGGCACUGCGAGCCACACCGGAGCGACUGGUGUCCCGUGGGGUGGACAAUAUCCGGAGUGGCCGUGAGCAGUUCUAUUGCCUUGCGGUCACGCCCGCUUCUGGUGCGGCCCUGGCGUGGCUCACGGGACGGUGUGCCGGAGUGGUGAAGAACGGCCGUCUUCCUCGCCGCGGAAGUCGUAGUGUCAGUACUAGGCUGCAUGCGACCAAGCCAGAGGUGGCCUUUGUCAUCGGCGGCCCUGGCAGUGGGAAAGGGACGCAGUGCGAGCUGGUCGUCUCCGAGCUGGGCUUUCAACACUUGAGCGCUGGCGAGCUCCUCCGACAGGAGAGGAGCCGAAAAGGAUCGCCCUUGGCCGAAGAGAUUGAGGAGGCCAUGAAAGCCGCCAAACCUGUGCCCAGCGAGGUGAUCGCCAAGCUGCUGGAACAAGCUAUGAGGGAAGCAGGUGUCAGACGUUCGAAACCCUGGAAGGAGCAUCCAGAGGAGCCCGUGGAUGUGAAUUUUCAGGGUUCCGUGGAGGAUGAACUUUCUCAAGUUGCUGACUGGAUCGAUUCGAUCUUGGACCCUUUCUACACCAGGGAUGUGAAGAAGAAUAAAAUUCUCUGGGCAUGGCAGGCUGGCGUAGGACAAAAAAUCUUUCAUUAUCGCUUCGAUGAGGCGUUUGUUCUCGGUUUCUAUGUGCUCGAUUUCCGCACCCGUGAUGGUGCCAACUUCGUCACCAUGGAACUGGACCACUUCCACCUCCAGGAGCCCGAGAAGAGGCGGCUGGAUGAGGCUGUGGGUGUCAUGGGCUUAAAGGUCCCCUCAUUGAAGAUAGGCGCCUGGGCCGAGGGCCCUGCCGCGCGCUUCGUGGUGGACGGCUAUCCCCGCUCAGCUGAACAACUGAGGGGCUACCAGACCGAGCUCAGCCAGAAGGUGCAGCUCCUUUGCUGUAUCAGCUUGGAGGUAGACAGAGAAGAAAUGCGCCGCCGCUUGCUGGGCCGCGCGCAGAGCUCUGGCCGUGUCGACGAUGAGGAGGAGGUGAUUGAGAAGCGGCUGAACACGUUUCAGGCCGACACGGAUCCCCUCCUGGCCUUUUUUAAGGCCGAAGGUUUGCUCAAGGAAGUCAAUGGCAACCAAGCACCGGAGCAGGUCUUUCAGGAGGUGCGUGCAUGUUUGGAGGUGGAGGCGGAUGCCUAA